UCUGAAGCAGGACAUCUUUUUAAGUAGUGGCUGUGUAGGGAAUGGUGAGGAGGUCUCAGCAGGCAACUUUCUCCUUCCCACCCCAAACUGAGGAGCAUUGGAGUCCUGAUUGUGGGGUGCUUCCUUCUAGGACUGGGCUGAAGCCUAGGAACCCUGCUGCCAACAUCUGGGGGCAGGAUCAUGUCCGCUAACAAAGGCUGGUGGGUGCCGCCCGAAGGUGAAGACAGCGUGUCUGAGAAGUUCCUGAGGAAGACCAGGGAGUCUCCACUGGUGCCUAUAGGCUUAGGAGGCUGCCUGGUGGUGGCGGCAUACAGGAUUUACCGGCUGAAGGCUCGUGGUUCCACCAAGAUGUCCAUACACCUGAUUCAUACCCGAGUGGCAGCGCAGGCCUGUGCUGUGGGUGCAAUCAUGCUAGGUGCCGUGUACACAAUGUACAGAGACUAUAUCAAGAGAGCAACACAGGAUGCGGGGGAGAAGUAGGUUUCUACAGCCAAGGGCAGUCAGACCCUCUCACAGCAAUCCCUGGUAUGUUCCUAAUAAAGGAAUUUUGCAGAAAACUGACAGUCUCUUCUUCACCUGGGAUAGAAGAUGAGGGGAUUGGCAGUGGCUGGUGGGGGAGCUUAGAGCAAAGGGUUGGAGAUCAGAGUUGUGGCCCUGAACUUCAGGGCAACAGAAACUCUCAGCGGGGCAGAAAGAGAGGUGCAGUAGACCUCCGAUCCCAGAAACCCAACAAUUCCCAAGCCAGCCCAGACCCACCUGGAAAAGCAUGGUAGACAGGACGCCAGGAAUGGAGUGGGGGCAUUAAUAGCCUCCAUGCUCAUGGGAACACUGGGUUAAAAGGCUGCUUCCCUGCCUUGACCGGUUUGGCUCAAUGGAUAGAGCGUUGGGCCUGGACUGAAAGGUCCCGGGUUCGAUUCCGGUGGAGGGCAUGUACCUUGGUUUCAGGCUCGAUCCCCAGGGGGGUAUGCAGGAGGCAGCUGAUCGAUGUUUCUCUCUCAUCGAUGUUUCUAAAUCUCUAUCCCUCUCCCUUCCUCUCUGUAAAAAAAGUCAAUAAAAAUAUAUUAAAAAAAAAUAAAUAAAAGGCUGCUUCCCUGGAG